AGCAGUGUGAAAGUGUCUUCUGCACUCGAAUCUGGCUGCAUUCUUCGCUGGCCGACGUUGUCCUCGCUGCCUAUGCAGGUGUGGACCGAUUCACCGGGGCCGAGUGUGGAGUCGCGCUAGCUUAACUAGCCGCAUUUUAGGCAACAUCGACCUCAUCUUACUCCACCACUCUCGACUCUACUCAUCAACCAUAUCCACAAACAACACCCUACUGCUGCAUCUCUCUCGUUGAAUAUCGCAGCCACGAGACUGCAGCGCCGUUCUUUAUCUACCACACCAACCCAUUCCAUCCAUAGCCUUGCCUGCACAUCCAACAUGGCGGCUACCAACGUGCCCGUGACGCUGGACACACCCAUCGUGGUCAAGCUUCUGUUCCGUGGGCAGAGUAGGAAGUUGAAGCUUCCUCUGAAAGAUCUCGGAGCUCACGUACUCCCUGACAAGCUUCGAAGCGUUCUCCAGCUUCAGCCUGAUGAGCAGGUCGUGUUCGAGCGCUACUCCGACUCGGCUGGCGCCUACGUCACACUGGACUCCGAUAAGCCGCAGGUCUACAAGACGCUGUUCCGAGCGGCGAAGGCGAAGCUCAAGCUGCGCUUGAAGGCGACCAUUCCUGGCGAAGAGGUCGAGCUUCCAGCUCCAGCACCACCAGCAGCUGUCCAAGAAACUGCUCGCGCAUUACCUCAGCCUAGCUCGCUCCAUCGCUUGAGCGCCGAAACUCUCACACCACAGGUCAUCGCGCCCAUCUCUCCUGUCAUCGCGCGCUCUCCCAACGCGAACCCUCCCGCACCCAAGUGUGAAUCCGCCAGUCCCAUCUCCCCACCUCAGCCCGAAACAUGCUCCAAGAAGCUGCCGCGUUCAUUUACUGCCCGCCAGAGUUUCUUCAAUGACCUUGCCAACGCUUCCCAGUUGGACGUCGAUCUCGCUUUCCACAAGUCAGCACAGAACGACAUGGAUCUUGCAUUCCGGCCUAAGCCGUCAGCGUGCUCCUCAUGGGUAGUAUACUGCAACAACUGCAACCAUCCCAUGGAAGACGAGCACUUCCACUGCGGAAUCUGCGACAGCGGUGACUACGACCUCUGCCCUGCUUGUGUCGACUUGGGCAUUCACUGCCCUGGAGCGGGCCACUGGAUGGUCAAGCGCUUUGUCAGGGACGGCUGCGUCAUCAACAGCACCACUCAGCGCAUGGCUACGAAGACGAAGACCGAAGAAGUAAAGGAAGUUCCCGGAGCCUUCACCGAUGAGAAGGAGUCUGUUACAUACGAGGAUGAGGAGCCAAGUCGUACUUGCAACUGCUGCGUGAAGAUCCUCCCCGAGAAGGAGUUUGUUACAUGCACCUUCUGCGAUGACUACGACCUGUGCCUAGACUGUCACAUCUCCAACAAGCACGGUCAUCAUCCUGGACACGCAUUCAAGGCGGCCGCCCCAGAAGCCAAACUUCCUACUCUGGCCAAUGUCUUGUGCAACACUGGCAGGAACAUUCGCCACAAUGCCGUCUGCGACGGAUGCGACAAGUUCAUUUACGGUGUGCGCCACAAGUGCCUGAACUGCCCUGACUGGGACUACUGUUCUGACUGUGUCUCAAAUGCCAAGUUUAUACACCCCCGUCAUCGCUUUGUACCUAUCUACGAGGCUUUGACUGAGCCUCUCAACAAUGCUAACCGUCAUUAUGGAAUCUUCUGUGACGGACCUCUCUGCAAAGACAAGGAGAACGUGUCAUACAUUGAGGGCGUCCGGUACAAGUGCGCUGUUUGCCACGACACCGACUUCUGCCAGAACUGCGAGGCACACCCAAGCAAUAGACACAACCACACGCAUCCUCUCAUCAAGCUCAAGACCUCUGUCCGUCACGUGAGCGUCACUACGCAAAACGAUGAUGUAACCGGGAUGUCCGCCCGGCUUGGUGACCGACAGCUACCCACCGCAACAGAGACUGUUCAGGUUGCACCCUCUACCAAUGCUGCGACUCAGGUUCAGACCAUUGUGGACAUGAAGCCUUCCCAGGAGCCGCAAGUCAAGAAAGAGAAGAUUGCUAUCUGUGAUCUGCUUGUGGAGUCCGCUGAGCCAGUUCAGGAGAAGGCGUCGGUUGCGGCCUCUGAGAUCACUGGGACUGAAUCUCAACACUCCACUUACAAAAGCCUGCGAGACGUGUUGGCUGAGCAGAUGGCGAAAACCCUGCAGCCGGCUCUUCCUGUUUUCGAGUCCGGACUCAGCAACGUGGCCGAGCUCUAUACUUCCAAGUUCGAAACGCUCCCGGCGGACUUCUUCUCCAAGAAAGAGUCCAAGUCGGAGGAACUCGACGCUCAUUUCAUCCGCGACACCGUCGUCGAUGGCUCUAAGAUCUGCCUCGGUUCGCAGUUCGUUCAAGUCUGGACACUGCGCAACCCUGGCCCAGAUGCCUGGCCUGCAGGCUGCAGUGUUCGACACGUUGGUGGUGACAACAUGCUCAACAUUGACAACAGCCGAGCCUUGGGCCAAGCCGAGCUGUCCAGAGCUUGUGAGAGCAAUGUGAUUGACCGCUCUGUUGAGGCUGGUGAGGAGAUCUCUUUCCGUGUUGUUUUGAAGGCGCCCCAACGCGAGGGCACUGCUAUCUCUUAUUGGCGCCUCAAGACUGCUGAGGGAAUGCCUUUUGGUCACCGACUGUGGUGCGACAUCACUGUCGUUGCUCUGUCGUCACCUACUCCGGCUCAGCCUAUCGCUGUGCCAGUUUCAUCCUCCGAGACGGUCGAUGCUUCUGGCUCUUCUCGCAUGUAUGAGCGCAUUUUGCAAGCCAGGCAGGAGAGGACCAAGUCUGUCCAGCAGUCUCAUGCCCAGCAGCUUGAGCAGCAGAAGAUGGAGCGCAUUCAGCGCGUCCGCAAGGCUGCCGUUGAGCGCCUGAUGGAGAACCGUCGUCGGGAAUCCGAGGCUGUGCGAGCUGCCAUGCAACAAGAGUCAGCCCCGAAGGUCGAGGAGCCAGUCAAGCAGGAGGCUGCUGAGCUCCCGGUCGAGGAGAAGUCAGUCGAGCACCAGGCAGAGCCCGAGCUUCAGACUUCCCGCAUGAUCUUCCCCCAGCUCGACAAGGAAUCUCCAGAGUCAAGCACCUACGAGUCCACCACGACUGCUCAGCCUGAGUCGCCAAUGUCGGAGAAGAGCACCAUCGCCCGUACCGUCACUGUGGCCGACGAUGAUGAGUUCUUUGAAGAUGCCGAGAGCGUUGCUCUUCACUCUGAUGACGAAAGCUUCAUGACGGACGAGGAGUACGACAUCCUCGACGCCAGCGACGAGGAGGGUUUGUAGGUGAUUGUUCGCGCCUGCAGAUGGCACAGUCUCCCCUUUGGUGCGCUUGAUCGUCUUGCUUUUUGCGUAUCUUUCGGUGUUUAGUUGGCGUUUUGGGCUAUUGGACAUACACUCCUUUCCACGGCAGGCGAGGCUGAAGCCGCUGCGUGGAUGGAUAGGACAGGGCGCUGCAUGGCGCUUCUGGCUUGGAUCAACCCUCAACCCCCCCUCCCAAUUUGCGUAUGGAUAUGGUUUCUUUUCCUUGCCCCCUUUGCCCCUUACCUGUGUCUCCCUGUCUCCUAUAGGCUCUAGUUAAAAUGCAAUGAAUGCUACGAGAAGAAAGGAAAAUCUGCGCUGAUUGUGAUUGUAACAUAGAUGAAUCCGUAAGGAAGUAGGUGAGGUUAGGUAGUGGGUGAUGUGUGAUGCAAGACUUUGCUG